AUGACCGACCAAGGCUAUGCUUCGUCUGGUUCCGGCAGCGGGCGCGUGUCAGGCAGCGAGGCGGGCGACAGGAACGCUGUCGUGUUAAAGGUCGGCAUGGUCGGCGACGCCGGCAUCGGCAAGACGUCGCUCAUGGUCAAAUAUGUGGAGGGAAGCUUCGACGAAGACUACAUCCAAACACUUGGCGUAAACUUUAUGGAGAAGGCUAUCACCAUUCGUAAUACGGAGAUCACCUUUUCUAUUUGGGAUCUAGGUGGGCAGCGCGAGUUCGUGUCCAUGCUGCCGCUCGUGUCCAACGAUGCCGUCGCGAUCCUUUUCAUGUUCGACCUCACACGGAAAGCGACGCUCAACAGCAUAAAGGAAUGGUACCGACAGGCGCGCGGAUUCAACAAGACGGCCAUUCCAGUGUUAAUCGGGACCAAGUUCGACCUCUUCGCGACGCAGCCACUUGAGGAACAGGAGGAGAUCACCAAGCAGGCCAAGCGGUUCUCAAAGGCCAUGCGCGCACCACUUAUCUUCUGCUCGACGAGCCACUCGAUCAACGUCCAGAAGAUCUUCAAGAUUGUGCUUGCUAAGGCGUUUGACCUCAAAUGUGUUAUCCCAGAAAUCGAAGAGGUUGGCGAGCCAAUCUUGCUGUAUAUCGACGUGUAG